UCCCAAGGUGAACAUGAAGGCCUUGAACUCCUCCUCCUCCUCCUCCCCCAAGCUUUAUAAAGGCUGUCAAACUGUCUUCCAUCCAGUUCUUCUUUCCUACCUAUCCGCUGUGAACUCCCAACUGAAUAUACAGGUUGUAAUAUGUUGACAAAUGGAGAUUUACCCGAGCGUCCGGGACCUCUCAGGUGCAAGAAGAAAUGGCUUCGGAAAUCGCCUGGGCUUCACGAAGCGUGGACAUGUUUCAAGAGCAGAUUGUUAAAGUUCGAGCAUGCGCUUUCACUUGCCUUUGCACAUAGACGGCUGGAAUCAUCUGAUUGUAUAGUAUAUCAUAAUAUCUCUGCGGGCGAGAAGCUUCAAUCAUUGGCUUUGACCGAAGGUUCAGCUGUUUUCAGUCGAUGUAUAGUUUAGGCUGACAGGGGCUGGACAACGAGGCAAAAGUUGGAUCAUCAAGCGAUCCGGGGCAGGCGUGGGGAAAAAGCUUGGGAGAAACCCAUUGACAAUUGGACCCGUUCAUGGUAAGCUCGAAAGCCCGACCACAGCAUCGCGUGGUGCUCACUGGGCCUCUUCGUUUCACGACCCGUUUCCGGAGGGGGCCAGGAGAGGGAGAGACCUGAAUGGCCGGCCACUCGAAAAGAAAACGUGCUGCUCUGCGGGAAUGUUCUCAGAAGUGACCGAAAGACGGAAUAAUCGUUGAGCAUGUGUCAGCGCAAGCAAAGCCAGCUUCUUCCUCACUGGAUUGCAUCACUUGGGAUGCAAUCUUUCGGCCGAUCGUGAAAAGGCUAAAGAAGGUGUUCGGAUUCAAUAUGUUCCAGAUCAAUCCAAAAAUCUACAAAUUCACUCCACCUCAAUUAUUGCAAUCAUCUGCAGUGGAGUUGACAAGGCCGCGGACUUCUUCUUUUUCGUCUCGUUCAGGUCGAAGAAGAUGACAACUUUUUUACGCGAAAAUAGCAAUGAGGUAAUAAGGCUGAUCUCCAUUCGCAGCCAGCGACACAGUUCUUGAGCUCAUUUUCAAACUCGGCACCCUAAGUCGGUACACAGGGUGAGACCUUGUCAAAUGGUUAAGAUAAGGAGAAAUUCAUUCUUUAGCGCAGAGAACAAG